GAGACCGGUGGGACAGAGCGUAGCGAGCCGCCGCCCGGCCCGCGCCGAUGGAGCCCGCGGAUCCUGUGCGGCGCGGGCAGUGAAUGGCGCGGCGGCCGGACCUCAGCGCACCCCGUGCCAUGGAGGAGGGCGUGAACGCGGGUGGUGAGAAGCCUCAGGGAGCUCGGACAGCGGACAAGUCCGGCUGGCUCAAGAAGAGCAGCGGGGGACUCCUAGGCCACUGGAAAGAUCGAUACCUACUCCUCCGUCACGCCCAGUUGCUGGUCUGUGAGAAUGAGGAUGAGCAGAAGUGUGUGGAGACAGUGGAACUGAGCAGCUAUGAGAAGUGCCAGGACCUCCGCGCCCUCCUCAAGCGGAAACACCGCUUUAUCCUGCUUCGGUCCCCGGGGAUCAAGGUCAGUGACAUCAAAUUCCAGGCACCCAGUGGGGAGGAGAAGGAGUCCUGGAUCAAAGCCCUCAAUGAAGGGAUCAACCGAGGCAAGAACAAGGCCUUUGACGAGGUGAAGGUGGACAAGACCUGUGCUCUGGCGCACGUGACACGGGACCGGGUGCGUGGGGGUCAGCGGCGGCGGCCGCCUACCAGGAUCCACCUGAAGGAGGUGGCCAACGCAGCCUCCGAUGGACUUUUGCGCCUGGACCUCGAUGUGCCGGACAGCGGCCCACCAGUGUUGGUGCCCAGCGAUACCGGCAGCGAGGCACAGCCCCAGCCCCAGCCUCAGGUCCGGGAGGUGCUCAUGCCUCCACCCAAACUUUCACCAGCGAUGGAGCCCGCCAGUCUUAGUGAUGGCGUGGCACCCCCUGAAGGUGAUAAGGCCCUGACCCCUGUCUCAGCAAGCACUGAGGCCCAUCCCGAGAGCCCCCUGGACUCUGAAAAUAAUCCGACAGAGGAGGACAGUGGGUCCAAGGAGUUUUGCAACAGCACCUUACCUGACAAAAUGAAGGUGAGCUGGGAAAGCCCCAGCUUUGGAGAUCCCACUGUUCCAGAGGAACUCUCCACGGUUCCUGAGGAGCCCCCUGCUGUUCCUGAGGAGCCCUCUACUGUUCCCAAGGAACCGCCCUUUGUUCCUAAGAAGCCCCAUGUUGUUCCUGAGGAGCCCCCCACUGUUCCUGAGGAGUCCCCCACUGUUCUGAAGGAGCCCUCUGCUAUUCUCAAGGAGCCCCCUGCUGUUCCCAAGAAGCCCCUUGCUGUUCCUGAGAAGCCCCCCGCUGUUCCUGAGGAGCCCCUCACUGUUCCUGAGGAGCCCUCUGCUGUUCUCAAGGAGCCCCCUGCUGUUCCCAAGAAGCCCCUUGCUGUUCCUGAGAAGCCCCCUACUCCUGAGAAGCCUACCACUUCCCAUAACGUGGAACUGAGCCCUGGGCCCUCCUUGAAGACUUCAGAGGCCCCCCGCCGGGAGGGUCGGAAGCCCCCCACACCACCACCCAAGUUCUUAUCAGAAAAGAUGAAGGCCUGCUUGGGCCGGGCAGAAGCUUCUGGGCCUGCCCGCAGCCUGGGGACCCCUGAGCCCUGCAGCCCUGUGCGGGUCUCUGUAAAUGGUGUGGAUGAUGGGCUUGAGCCUGCCAAGCCCUCCCCAGAUGCAGGCCCACCGGGAGCUGCCCCUGAGGAGGUGGCAGUGUCUCCAGCACAGCUACCCCUCCCAGACGCAUCGCCUCAGCUCCACUCCCGCUGCUCCUCCCUGGGGGACCUGCUUACAGAUGGCCGGCAGCGUCCUCUGCUUCCUGGGGAUCGGCUGUACCGUGCCCAGCUGGAGGUUCAGGUGGCCUCCAAGCAGACAGAGAGACUGCUGGGUGAGGUGCUGGGUGGCCAGGUGCCCCCAGCAAACACUGAGACCCUGCUGAGCCAGGCUGUGGAGCAGCUGAGGCAGGCCACGCAGGUUCUGCAGGAGAUGAGGGAUUCGGAUGCUAGAGAGCCUGACCAGGAGGCACCUGGCCUACAGAAGAAGCAGAAGGAGCUGGUAUCGCUGUAUCGGAGAAGCAUGCCCUAGGCUGUCUAGACCCAGCCCUGCUGGCAGCAGGCAAUGAGUUACACAGCCUGGCUCUAGAAGGGCAUUGUGUAUGUCAGGGUUAACAGACCCCCCAGUGUCCCUGCCAGCCCACCCUGCUCGGGCCAGGCACAUGUGGGUCACUGUGUGGCUCUCUGGCCUGGCCUGGGAGCACAUGCUGAGCCCUGUGUCUUGGAGUCGUUCCCCACCAGCCCUUAGCUUUGGCAGUGUGGGCACGGGAGCCUGUGGAUGGCGUUGUCUCUGCUGCCCCACCCCUGGUAGUUUACAUUCCUGACUUGGGAAGAGAGCACAGCCGAGCCUCGAGCCUCGGCAGCCCCGUGUUUGCAGACAUCCCAGCCGACCACCUGCAGCUGCAGGCUGUGGGUCUAGCUGCAGGCCUAACUGGACCUUGACAGGUGGGAAGCCCUGGGUGAGGAAGCCGCUGGCUGCCGCGGCUCUCCUGCACCUGCUGCCUUUCCCGAGACCCCAUCUCCUUGGGGCUGUGAUCGGAGGCCUGUGUCUGAGGGAUCUGGGGAGAAGAGGAACCAGGUGUCUCCUGGUCUAGUCCGCUCCUGGACCAGCUUGUGUGUCCAGCCUUGCAGACUCCUAAGCAAGGGACACCAGGUGAACAGCUUUGUGUAAGAAUCACCGUGCAGGCUCAGGACACGCCUGCCCCGUGCUUGUGGGGUGAGAUCCAGCUGGACUCCUGGUUCUUCCUGGGCCAGGACAACUCGUGUCCCUGGCAUCCCCUCACUGCUAUCCCUGGUGGGCUGCCUCCUUUGUUCCCAUGAGGAGGAGCCAGCUGGGGUCAGGGCGGGGUGUAUGUCGGGAAGACCCGGGGGUCCCUGCAUGUGCACUUUCAUUUGCUAGAGGAGGGGCUCCCUGCAGCGUGGCCUGGCCUUUCUGCCAGCACUUGUGCCCACUGAGCCCUGCCAGCACAGAUCACCAUGGUCCUUACUGCACUGCCACCUUGUCCUGGGGGGUCAAGGCUAGGGGCAAAGGAGAGCCACACUGCCGUGGCUCACGAGCCCGGGCAGCCGCCCCCGCUGCAGUCUCCCAUCUGCCUGUCCUCUGUGAGAACAGGAGCAUUGUUCAGUGCCAACAGUUGUACAGCCCCGGCUGUCUUGUAGGAACCUUCCUUCACCAGCAGCCGCGUCACCUGUGUCCAGACUUUGGGGCCUCAGUGUCCCCUGUCAAGUGGUGUCCAGGUGGGGACAGGAGGGGUGCGUGGGGCUACCUUCUGCCUCCUUGGAGAGGAGGUGUUCAGUGUCUUUUGCUUAUAAAAAGCCUUUCUUGAAGUUUGGCAAUAAACCCCUUUUU